AUGGCCGAACCAGAGGCUUCAAAUUCGGAAUCUGCGCCGUCGCCAGCGCCGGCGCCCGCUCCCGCAUCUCCUCCCCUUCCUACGAAACAUACACCCGUCGCGCCGGGCCCCAGGGCAGCGCGUUUUCAGAAGACCCUCGAAAGCGCCUUGUCGCACACGCUCGGCAAGAUCAGCUGGGAAAACUUCGCCUCGUGCUACCCCACCAUCGCCGCCCAAGCGCCGGGCACCCUCAAGGCCGUGCAAAAGCAGAUGGUGGAUAGGCUGGGUGCCCUGUGCCGGAAGGAGUUCGACUCCAUCCUGCUGAACCGCGGCGUGGUGGCCAAGCUCAACGAGCUCGAGAGCUUGAUCGGACAGGCGGAGCAGAGGAGGGACGAGGCGGGACCGGUAGACGCCGGCGACGCCCCAGCGCCGCCGCAUCUACUCCCCGCCGACACUGUGCUUGCGGCGCAUCUCGCACCUCACCUCGCCCAGCAUCAGUCCCAGCUCAAUGCCAGGCUUCAGACGACACAGGCGCACAACGCAAGGCUCUUCGCCGACAUCCAGAAGCAGCGCGCGGAGCUCGAAUCCCUCGUCAUGCUGCUCGAGAAGCUGUUCGCAGACAUCCACGGCGCCAACGAGGCCAUGGACGGUGUCGUAGACGAUCUGGCCAAAGAGACGAGGAUUGUGGAAGCCGAAAUGUCCGGGUCUUGA